AUGCUGAACACAGAUUUUAACUUCACGAAUCCUUAUCGUAUGAAUGAUGUUAUUAUUAUUGGUAUGGGAUCAUAUUCAACCAAGGCGAAAAAUCGAAGUACUGUAAAAUCGAUACCAAAUGUAAAGUUGGAUAAAUUAUUAUUGAUGAAACCGACAAAGGUGACAAAUUCGAUUCAGAAAACACAAAACAUCUUUGAUAAACUACAACGAGAUUGUCAGCGGCAAAUGAGCAUAGUGCAUCAGAAAAGUUGUCAGAAUCCUAACAAUUUGCUUUUACUAAUUGAAUGGUUAUCAUUUUACAAUCCAACACUAGCUGCGAGAUUAUUGUUAUAA